AUGUUGAAACCAUUCCUUCCAAUCCAUAGCAUUACGAAAAAUCGGCCCAGGCGGCAUGGGCGGGUCUGGGCGGCGCUAGGCGGCUCUAGGCGGUUCUGGGUGCCAGGGUGGGGCUGGUCUAGGCGGCGCUGGGAGGGUCUAGGCGGCGCUAGGCGGGUCUGGCCUGCGCUGGGCGGGUCUAGUGGGGUCUGGGCGGCGCUAGGCGGGUCUAGGCGGAUCUGGGUGCCAGGGUGGGUCUCAUUCUUUAGGCAUUACGAAAAAUUGGCCCAGGCGACAUGGGCCGGUCUGGGCGGCGCUAGGCGGGUCUGGGCGGCGCUAGGCGGGUCUAGGCGGCGCUGGGCGGUUCUGGGUGCCAGGGGCUGGUCUAGGCGGCGCUGGGAGGGUCUAGGCGGCGCUAGGCGGGUCUGGCCUGCGCUGGGCGAGUCUAGUGGGGUCUGGGCGGCGCUAGGCGAGUCUAGUGGGGUCUGGGCGGCGCUAGGCGGGUCUAGGCGGCCCUAG